ACUACGUAUGAAAUACUUCCGGUUACAUGCAAGUGACGUCACCGUAUUAUUUUUUUUUUUUGCCCCGAGAAAAGGAAAUCUUGAAUGAAUACCGCACACUUAUACAGUCACUAUAUUUAUCGGAAGUAGGACGUUGUGAAUAUUUGUUAUGCGACAUUAAGAAAGAAGAUCACGCUUUUUGUGUAAAGUUCUCUAAGAGUCUUGACUUCCUUCAUCAUCACCAUGAAUAGCUUAUCAUUCAGUGAGUUGUGUGGGUUGUUUUGUUGUCCGCCGUGUCCAUCCAGAAUAGCAGCCAAAUUAGCAUUUCUCCCACCUGAAUCAACAUAUUCUCUGAUAUCCGAUGAGGCAGGGUCCAAGUACAGCCUACAUCUGACUGAACGCGCAGAGUGGCAAUACACCCAACGUGAACUAGACUGUAUAGAGGUUUUCAUGACUAGGACCUCCAAAGGAAACAGGAUAGCAUGCAUGUUUGUCAGGUGUUCACCCAAUGCCAAAUACACUAUGCUCUUUAGUCAUGGAAAUGCAGUUGAUCUGGGGCAAAUGAGCAGUUUUUAUAUAGGUCUUGGGUCUCGAAUUAACUGUAACAUUUUCAGUUUUGACUAUUCAGGUUAUGGAAGCAGCUCAGGAAAACCAUCAGAAAAAAAUUUGUAUGCAGACAUUGAUGCUGCAUGGCAAGCUCUGCGUUCUAGAUAUGGCAUUAGUCCACAAAAUGUAAUUUUAUAUGGACAAAGUAUUGGUACUGUACCAACCAUUGACCUGGCCUCUAGGUACGAAGUUGGAGCAGCUGUUCUUCAUUCACCGUUAAUGUCUGGCAUGAGAGUAGCAUUCCCAGAGACAAAGAGAACUUGGUUUUUUGAUGCUUUUCCAAGCAUUGACAAAGUGCCGAAAAUUACCUGCCCCGUGCUGGUGAUUCAUGGAACAGAAGAUGAAGUGAUAGACUUUUCUCAUGGACUUGCCAUUUAUGAGAAAUGUCCCCGAGCCGUUGAACCUCUGUGGGUGGAGGGGGCAGGUCACAAUGACGUAGAGCUUUAUGGACAGUACUUGGAGCGCCUGAAACAAUUUAUAAACAUUGAACUCUCGGUCAAUUGACAACUACUGCAACUUAGGGGGGAGGAUGUUAGUGUCACAAAUGCAGACGUAUGUGUUCAAGACUUCAGUAACUCUUUGUCUGCUGUUGUGACGGAUACGUGCACAUCUGACGAUGGCAAUGCAUUUAAAGUCAGGAAGGGGACUGGGAGGCGAAUGAAGAAACAUAGAGUUAAGUUAAAGUCAGAAGCCGGCAAGAAAACCAGAAAUGAUUUAUCUAGUGCGUCUGAUAACCCAGGGGAGUCUGAUGAGCAUGUCGACGUCCAGCCCCAGGAAGCUGAGGCCGAAGUCGUGGUUCACCCUGUCCAAGAAACUGCUAUUUCUGAACCCUCUGAGUCGUACAGUGCUGAUGAGUCAUCAGUAUGUGUGACAGAUUCACCUCUUCAAAUCCGAGACAACAAUGAAGCAGAUGAAGUAGUAGAGAAAGAAUCUGAUACGGAACCCAAAGAAAGUCGGAGCACAGGACAACUACAAAGGGAUCUGGAGUGUUCAAAAGAGAAGGAAGAAAGUUGUGAUCUGAAAGAAAAUGAAGACUUAGCUCCUGCUGAAAAUUGUGUGCCCUGUGAUGUUCAUAUACAGAAUAUCAUUGUAGAAGUCACUGAUGACAGUGACAGGAAUUCAGAUGACAACAGUGAUGCAUUGGAAUCUACAGAUCUGUAACGGGGCAGCAGCUGUAUGUAACUUCAUAUCUAGCAGUAGAUGUCCAGAGAAAAAUGAAAUUGGGUGCUUGUGGUUUUUUGCAGAAUCCUUCUUGAUAUUUCACUAAAGUAAUAUUUUAGAUUUAAUACUGUAAAAAUGGAUAUGUCCACAUGUUGUUGAAUACACAUAUUUCCUUUGUGAACCAUAUGCAUGGGGUUUGAUUAAGUGAUCUCCAUAUCAUCAAAGAAUUAUAGGAGUAGUGUGCGUGGGGGUAAUUUACAUGAAAAUAUUUUAAUCACUUGUUUAGUUUAAAUAACCCCCGAUGCAUAAAUUUCCACGUUUACAGUAUUGGGUCCAGAUAUUUGAAGGUUUCUUUUUUGUCAGAUAUUUACCCCAUGACACUUUUUUUCAAUGAAGAGUUGUCUUUCUUUAACUGAGAACAAGGCCUACUUUCUCUGGUGAUUUCUUAUUCACAUGUGUGUAAAUAGAGUUUCUCAUACCUUCUGUGGUUUUAUUUUUACACAUUGUUUCAUCUGGUAUGAAAUCUUAUAUCUGAUGUAAAGUAUUCAACAGCAAAUAACAAAAAUACUAAAUGUAAAGUACAUGUUGUGAUGUGUGGGUAUUUUGAGAUACAUUUAAUAAUUAUUGAAUAACACUAUUAUAAUUGUUAAUUCAGGCUGUCCAGCACUUUUUGGACAAAAAAUUAGGGCUAAUUUUAGGGAUAAAAGUAAGAAAUAGUAGGGCUAAUGUAGAGCUAAAAUUAGAAUUUUAUAACUAAAUUAGGGCAGUUUUAGUCAUUUAAAUGGACUUGCAUGUAUCUUCGCAAAUCCGACAAUAAAGAAACUCUCAAAAAAUACUUUAAGUGCAAAAAGGGAGUCUUUCAGGAUUCCAUUGUCACAGCUAUUACCUGAAAUGUGCAGAAUUAUGUCAUUAUUUUCUUAUGGAGAGAACUACAUCCUAAUAAGAUUUUUUUUUUUUUUUUUGGUCAAACAUUUAUUACAUUGUACAAUAAAAUGGAGUUUUCUACUUUUGAAUAUGUUAUGCAUUCAACUAUGAUGUGUGUAUAGCUAGGAGACAUUUACGUGAUUCUCAACAGCAAAAUUAUAAAGUAAACAAAAUAACACACAAAACAGUGUCUGCUGAAAAUGUCGAAUGCACUUAUGUAAAUGUAAACAAAUUUUCUACUUUUGAAUAUAUGUUAUGUAUUGAUUAUGAUGCUUGUAUAGCUAGGAGACAUUUACUUUACGUGAUUCUCAACAGCAAAAUUAUAUAGUAAACAAAAUAACAUACAAAACAGUGUCUGCUGAAAAUGUCGAACGCUCUAAUAUGUAAUUGUAAACAAAUAAUAUUUUUAAUAUACUAGUAGCUCCUUAAAAGUAAACUCUUUAUAUAUCUAAAUAUGUGUACUGCAUGCUACACUCAGUGAAGGAACAUGAACGUAUCCCUCAGAUAAUCUUCUUUAGGAAAUAUUGCUUAACAAAGUUCACAACCAAUAUACAAACUUCACACAUGGACCCACUGGCCAAUUGCUAGAGUAGAAACAUUAAAAAUAUUGAAAUUGACAUGAAAAAUUAGGGUUUUCUUUAAAGGAUUUUCCUUAGAAUUUAAUACUUUCAAAGGAAAUUUAGCUAUUUUAAAACUAAAAAUAAAAUUAGGAAUUUUGGGGCCGCUGGACAGUCUGGAUUAUUUAGUCAUGUUGUAGUUUUUGUUAUUGCUAAUAUUGAAUUGUGCAUGUGACUGUGUUAAUACAUGUAGUUAUUUGCACAGGAAAAUUUUGAGAAGUGAAUGUUUUGUUGGUAGUGUAUAUGCUGAUACUUAAUACUGUCUGGUACAUGUAGUUACAUGUAUGUGUAUGGAUAAUUUACUUACUGUGAAUUCAUCUUUUAUUUGUACAAGUAUAGAAAUGAAACAUUUCUAGCUUACCUGGACCGUAGGUCCAAGUAAGCUUCUCUGAUUAAAAAAAAAAUUGUCUGGCGUUUUCACGUUUCAUCGAAAGAAACACGGCCAAACUCAACCAAACUGUUUACUGUUAUCAUUCGACUGUCCUAUAAACAAGUAGCCAUGUAUCAUACAAUUAAUAUAGUGAUCAAAAUUAAUUUGAAGAGAGCAUUAGGUAGGUAGCAAAAUAGAUUUGUCAGACAGAUUAAUGGAGAAAAAACUGGGAUUUUUAUUCUAAAGAAUUGUGUUGGGAGAGAACAUAGCAACAGUUUGUCUUCACAGUAUGGAAGCAUCCUUGUGUAGGGGGAUUAGACCACAACAGGGGGUAACGACAAACAAAAGGCAAUCAUUUAAAAAAGGAUUUCUCAAAAUUGACGUCCUUCCUUUUGUAAUGUGGAUUUGUAUUUGUUCAAGCCCAUGGUAAUUAAAGUGUGAGAAAGGUUUGUGUUUGAUCAAGACAUAGGCCUCGCGGCGGAUGUGACCGGUCGACUGUGGAUGCUUACUCAUCCUAGGCACCUGAUCCCACCUCUGGUAUAUCGAGGGGUCCGUGUUUGCCCAACUCUCUAUUUUGUAUUCCUUAUAGGAGUUAUGAGAUUGAUCACUGAUUGUUAUCUUCACCUUUCACAAUUAACAUGGGUACAUGACUACAGUACAUUUCUUUAUGGGUAACAAGAGUAUACAAUGAUUUAACAUAAUUAUAUAGAUUCAUUUAUGAAAUAUGUUUCAUUGUGAGCAAAGUGAGUGUUGUGGUCUAUCAGCCUCUUGUUUUUUGGGGGGGUUUAUUUUAUUGAUAUUUAAUUUGAAUUAUUAUACAUUGUAUGUAUGAGAUUAAUUGUACCAAAGUACUGUAACAUGUAUUUUUAAAAUAUGUAUUUGAUGAAGAGAAGUCCAAUAUUAUUUUGGGCUUUCGAUGCUCUGUGACAGACAUUAGGGUGUGUUGAAAAAGUCAAAUUUUUAUCAGUUUUGUCAUACAUGUAUUAAGAAACCUUUUGACCUGCUUAGAAAAUGAGUAGUGGUGUAUUUUUUUUAAAAUAUACAAUAAGGAAAUGUUUCCAGGUAACAGAAAGUUUAACAUGAUUGUGUGGAUUUGAUUGUUUGGGUUUUUCAUGUGGGUUUUUUUAUGGGUAAUUUUUGAAAGUUCAUUUGCACAGUCAUAAGUGUUUUAAUCUGAUCAAAUUUGGUCUGCCUAUCUGCUCACGUUUUCACAUUUCCAGUCUGUUAUCCAUAGGAGAGGUGUGCCACAUCAAGAAGCUUCCUCUUGCAGUUUUAAAGAAGUGUUGCGUUUUGGAACAAUCAAAAUUUUAAUGUGGCUGCUUUGGCUUGUAAUCAGACAACUAUCCCAAGAACAGCCACUUCUCCACACAUGACACCAUUGUUUUACCAAUUGUGGUACUUAUUACCUAUACUCCUCAUUCUGAUGGCAUACAGGACCACUAUAGAACACUUAUUUCUAUUGGUCACUCUGAUAGAACACUUAUUUCUAUUGGUUGCUCUGAUGGGACACUUACCUAUUGGUUGAUCUGAUACAAAACUUAUUUCUAUUUGUUCCUCUGAUAGGACACUUCUUUCACUUUCAUAAAACACUUAUUUCUUUUGGUCACUCUGAUAGAACACUUAUUUCUAUUGGUUGUUCUGAUGGGACACUUAUUUCUAUUGGUUGCUCUCAUACUUGCCUCAUUAUUUCCAUCUCUGUUAGACGUAGCACUGUAUAUGCAGCAUUGUGUUGGAUUCAUCUGCUUCCAGUUUCCACAGCUUAAGUUUUUAUAUGUGUUUAGGUUGCUACAUACAUGUACACAUAGCUCCAUUUCCUACCCCUGGAUCCAAAAAAAAGUAAGGGAUGACAAGCACAUAGAAACACACCAACACAUUCAUCAGAUGCUUUUCACAGAAUUUUGAAAACUAUUCUAAUUUUAGUAGUCUUUAAAAUGGGUUGUUACAUUGGGUGGUUUGAAAUUGAACUCCAACCUAGCUUUAAUCAGUUUGGAUCCACUGAAACAUAAUUAACCUAUUUUCUUUAAUUGAUUUAUUUCUAAUCCAAAAGAAACAUGAUACAAAUGUUCAUCGGAAUUCAAAGUUCACUGAUUAGCAUCGCUGAUUUAAAUUUUUUUUUAGUUUAGCUGUAUGAAUUAGGUGAGCACUGUGGUCCAUGUACCUCAGAUAACAUGAAGCAUGUCUUUAAUCAACACAAAAAAAGAUCUCCAAAUGUAUUACGUCCCCAUCUUGUAUACUGGUGAAAUGUUCAUUAAUUAUGGCAUAAAAGACUGAUUCAUUUAAUGCAGCAUUCAUACAGAUGUUGGAAAAUUGUGGUCAUGUACACCAUGCAUGUAAUAACAACAUUUCAUACAUGUAAGAACAGCAUUUAAUAUGAUUACUUGUUGACUUCUCACCAGAUGUAGAUGAAGUUGAUUUGAAAACACUCCUACCUUAUUUAUCGGCUUUGUUUAUACUGUGUGUGGGAGAUGUAGUUCUGAUUGUAAACAUGUUUGCAUUGUACCCGUUCAAAACAAUAUCAUGUUGCCUUCAGCAAAUACUUAGUUUUAAAUCUGAAGGAUGUACCUGUUAAUGAACAAUUAAUUCGCAAAGACUCAAAGCAAAUAAUGCACAGAGUAAUGUUCAUAUAAAAUAUCGAUGACAGCUCUGUAAGGAUUGUUUUUAACAAUGAUGAUGAGGACAAGUGUACGUGUAAUUAGUGGUCCGUGUUGCUUUGUCUAUGUAAGCAGAAUCUUCAUUACCCCACUGUAAAAUGUGUAACCAAAUGCUCAAAGACACUUCAUAUACUAGAAUGAUCAAUGGAACAACUGGUAUUUUGAAAUAAAUUGUUUAUGUACAUCCAUGAAGUGAUUUUUUUACAGAGGAAAAUGGACAUUAGAUAUGUUUAUUUAUUGCAUACAUCAUUGUUUCAUCCUAUGUAGAAUGGAAACACCUUCCAACGGACCACAAUGAGUGAAGCAGCAAUUUGAUUCAAAUCCGAUGUUAGAUAUCCGCCAUUUCUACCUAGUGACCUUACAUAGGUGGAGUAGAGCCAUUCUCCCCUCCAUAACUAUAUAUAGAGAUGUAUAGUAUAUUUUGAUGAAAUAGGAUGUUUCUGAAGUAGUAGAAAGUAUGUACUGAUGUUAUGUUUUGGCUUAAUUUCAAUGAAGUAACGGUAUAACACGCUUAUAGCGAAGUGCUGAGCACGAGCAAUUUUGAUUCGUUAUGAAGGUAAUUUGUUAUAUGCAAUGAGUUUUUAAUAUGUUUUGAAACUAAAGGGGAUGAAAAUCACUUCACUGUACGUGUGAAUUCAUUAUAAGCGUGUUCGCUAUAACCGGGUUUUAUCUGUGUAGAUUAUUAAGUUUGACAAUCACAAAGACUGCUGAAGCGGUAGGCUUUGUCAGAUGUAGAUGUCCACAUUUGUUGUUCAUUGUCUUUUGUUAUAUAAGCACCUGUAUAUUAUUGCUAACAUUCUGUUUUGACAAUUUGUGAAGACUAUGACGUAAUUCUUGCAAUGGCAUGUAGUUAACAGGUAUUGUAAUAUUUGUCUGAAGGUAUGAGUCAGAACUUUAUCGUCAAUGUAGUAAAUGCUGCACAUACUGUGUUCUCCAUUAUUGGUUUAAGAUUUGUAGCAAGUGAAACAGAAAAAUGAUCAUACAGAUACUGCAAAUGCACUGUAUUUCAGGAGAUUCAAUGUUUGUCUGAAUAUUUCUUUCUAAAAUAAAGUCAUGGAAGAUCAUCCAAAAA